CCACUCCUUGAAGCGUUGCCUGGACUGCUCUGGAAUAUACGUAUUAUCGCAGUCCCGUAAGCGCGAACACAAACUUUCCCCUGAGCGACGAAACGCGACUAUUUUCAGGAUAAAAAAAAAAUUCCCUUCUGCGAACGAAACUUAAAACGAAAUUACAAUUUUUUUUUGCUUUAGUGAAUUGAAGUUGUUUUCUUUUUGGCGGAUUCGGUAGUGCCCGAGGACGGUCUGUAAAUUCGAGAUGAAUUGGCUUUAUAAAUACUCGGAGACCACAGGAUCGUGGAUUCUGCCCGGGAUCAGGGCCCCGCUUCAAAGGGGAGGAUAAAGACCGUCGACACGACGAUCGGUGGGCUGGCCGAGCCCCAUCAGCGAGAUGGGGCCCCAUGGGGCCAAGUCCUGGACGUACAGGGCUGGCCCAGGGCCAUGGCCCGGCUACAACCUGAUACUUCUACCGAUUGUGAUAAUAAUGGGACUGCUCAGUACGACUACGAUGGUACAAGCCGGCAGAAACCAAGGCGGAGGCAGCUACUUAGGCGACGUCAACGUUUCGGCUAUAUUGGACUCCUUCAGUGUGAGCUACGACAAGCGUGUAAGACCCAACUACGGAGGCCCACCGGUUGACGUAGGGGUGACCAUGUAUGUUCUUUCUAUCAGCUCACUUUCUGAAGUUCAAAUGGAUUUCACAUUGGAUUUUUACUUCCGACAAUUCUGGACUGAUCCUAGAUUAGCGUUCCGGAAAAGGCCGCAGGUAGAAAUGUUAUCUGUAGGCUCGGAAUUCAUCACAAACAUAUGGGUGCCUGACACGUUUUUCGUUAACGAAAAGACUUCGUCGUUCCACAAAGCGACUACGUCGAACGAAUUUAUCCGGAUACACCAUUCGGGCAGUAUUACUAGGAGUAUUCGAUUGACAAUUACUGCGUCGUGUCCAAUGAACCUCCAAUACUUUCCCAUGGACAGACAACUAUGCCAUAUCGAAAUUGAAAGUUUCGGUUACACCAUGCGAGACAUCCGCUAUAAGUGGAACGAAGGCCCCAAUUCGGUAGGGGUAUCAAACGAGGUGUCGUUGCCCCAAUUCAAAGUCCUUGGACACCGACAGAGGGCCAUGGAGAUAUCGCUGACUACAGGAAACUAUUCCCGACUGGCCUGUGAGAUUCAAUUCGUCCGGUCGAUGGGCUACUACCUAAUCCAGAUCUAUAUCCCGUCCGGGCUGAUCGUCAUCAUAUCCUGGGUCAGUUUCUGGUUGAACAGAAACGCCACACCGGCAAGAGUGGCGCUGGGCGUCACCACUGUAUUGACCAUGACCACGCUCAUGUCAUCCACCAAUGCCGCGUUGCCAAAGAUAUCCUAUGUCAAAUCCAUUGACGUUUAUCUGGGGACUUGUUUCGUUAUGGUUUUUGCAAGCUUACUGGAAUACGCCACUGUCGGUUACAUGGCGAAACGAAUACAAAUGAGAAAAAAUCGAUUUUUGGCUAUACAAAAAAUAGCCGAACAAAAGAAACUGAAUGUGGAUGGCGGACCCGAUGAUCAUAUGCCCAAGCAAACAGCCGUACGCUUCAAAGUGCACGACCCGAAGGCGCACAGCAAAGGCGGUACCCUCGAGAGCACCGUCAACGGAGGACGAGGCGGCCGAGAAAGCGGUCCAGACGAAGAAGUCGCCGGAGGUCCUCCCAUUCCUCAACACAUCAUGCACCCGAACAAGGAUAUCAACAAACUCUACGGAAUCACGCCAUCGGAUAUCGACAAGUAUUCGAGAAUAGUGUUUCCGGUCUGUUUCGUUUGCUUCAACCUCAUGUACUGGAUUAUUUAUUUGCAUAUUUCGGAUGUGGUCGCCGAUGAUCUGGUACUGUUGGAGGUGGAUAAGUAAGCUACUGAGAUGGUUUUUUUCAUGGUGGUACUACGGCAGCAUUGUGAAUUAUAUUUGGAAGGCAAAUUUUGUUGAAAGGUUAAUACUAAUUAAAUUAUUAUAGACAUAUUUGUCUUGUCUAAAGAUUUAAUCUAACCGCUUCAACAAAACUUGCCUCACAAAACCAACCAAAAGUGACAAACGGACUUACGAAAAAAAGGCAAAAGAGACUAAUGGCAAUCGAUGCCUGUAAAAAAAAAUAAUGUUCUUUUAGAUGAAUGAGUCAACGAGUAGUAAAUUUUAAUAAUUUAUUUUUAAACAUGCGUCAAGAAUUACCAUUUCCAGUUGUUUAAUUCCUAAUUGUGAUAUUAAAUUAUUGUUGAUCGAUUUUUGGCUGCGAACCAAAUGCAGACUUUGUCUAAAGAAUUAAUGUUGUGGGAGAUUUUCUUUUUCUUGUAUUCACAGAUAUCGCGGAAAGAAUAAAACUUUGAAGACCCUUACAAAUUUAUUGCCGUUUAGUCAUACCUUUCAAACUUUCUGCCUGGAUAAAUCAAACUUUUUUGCUUUUUUUUUAUAGGGUUUAUUCAUCAUUGUCAAAAACAGCUCCCCAGAAAUUAUGUAUUUUACAAUUCAGAGGAUAGGCGCAGAAAGGUGUUUUUUUUUUCAAGCUGUGAGAAUAUUUGUCUAUGGAAUACUUUCUACCUACAUAGGGAAAAAGUUUUAAGAGUGUCGACAACACUGUCCGAUUUAGUCGUUCGACUUGCCCGUUUGCCCUUGGAGUAGCCACAGCGUUUAGGACUAAAUUAAUAUUGUAUUUGUCACAGAAACUUUUAAAGGACGAUGAUGUGAAAGCAGUAAUGAUGCGGUGAGGACAUCCAAAAGUAUUAAAUGCUUUUUCCAAAAAGUGAAUCACUGGUCUACUUUUCGUGAAUUUUGCAGCUUUCAAAAUCACGUAUUUUGUGAAUGGGUCAAUGGUGACAAUAAGAUGCAUAUUACCUCUCUUGGGCUUCUGGAAAGGUUCUAGGUGAUAGAUGUGAAUCGUGUGAAAGGGGACAGGCUCUUUUUCUAUGGGAUGCAGAAACCCUUCACGACGUCCAGAUGGGAUUUUUGUGUAUAGAUAUGGAACACAACUAGCAAUAUAUUUUUCAACAUACUCUUUCAUGCGCGGAAACCAAUAUUUUUCGCAAAGCUUCUUCAGAGUCUUUUCAGCUGCGAAAUGUCCUGCCUCGUCAUGUGACCAACGCACAACUUGCCUUCUGAAUCCAUGAGGCACAACCCACUGUAUCCCAAUAGGAGUAAUGCACUAGACGGGUUCCAUUUCUUAGAGCAUAGUUUUUAUAAAUGUCCCUGUCAUAGUCAGGUUCUGGAGGUUUACUUAAAAUGUCGUGGAUCAAUCGUAUUUUUUCAUCUGAAAGCUGAGCCGAUAAAACCCAUAUUCUGCUUCUUCGAACCUUAAGACGAAGUUUUCUUCAGGCGGUUCUCCAGAUUGGCAUGGAUUUCUGCUGAGCGCAUCAACGUGUUGCAUUCGGUUUCCAGGGCGGUAUUCGACGGUAAAAGUGAAUUCUUGUAGUUGGAGCCACCAACGAGCGACCCUAGGUAUCAGAUCUCUCUUGGAAUUUGCCAUUUUCAAGGCAUUGCAGUCGGUCACUACCUAGAAAUCAAGACCCAGCAGAUAUACUCUAAACUUCAGUAAGGUUUCCACGACUGCUAAAAUUUCUAAUUCUUACGAAUGAUAUUUUUGUUCUGCCUUAUUCGUAUGACUGCAGUAAUAAGCCACUGGGCUAAGACGAAAUGUGUGUUGUUGCAAUAAUAUUCCGGCGAUACCAUCUUGGCUGGCAUCUGUGUGAUCCUCAGUUGGCAAAUUUUGGUCAUAAAUUGCAAGAAUGGGACGUUCGAUUAGCUUUUGCUUCAGGUCCUCAAAUGCUCUAUUUUCAGAAUAUCCCCAGUUCCAAGUGAUAUUUUUUCUCGUGAGCGAUGUUAAAGGUCUGACAAGUGUGGAAUAGUUUUUCACAAAUUUUCUGAAAUAGCCGGUUAAUCCCAAAAACUGACGAACUUGCUUGACUGUCUUUGGUGUUGGAAACUGUCGUGUGGCUUCAAUUUUGGCAGAACCAGGUCGUACGCUUUUUUUGUCUAUCUCAAAGCCUAAAUAAUUAAUUGGGGAGGAGAGAAAGACGCAUUUCUUCAUAUUUAAAGUAAGAUUCUCAUUUUUCAGAACAUCAAAUAUUUGUUGGAGACUUUCUAGGUUGUCUUCCGAAUUUUUGCUGGGCAAUAUAUCAUCAUCUAGGUAGACCACAGUAAUAUCGCGAUAUGGAGCUAAUAUCUUAUUCAUCAUGCGUUGGAAAACUGCUGGAGCAUUGCAAAGUCCAAAUGGCAUUCUGUUUUACUCAUAUUUUCCCUCUGGUGUUACAAAUGAUGUUAAGUGUUUACUUCCUUCAACUAUCGGUAUUUGGUGAUAUCCCGAACUGAGAUCCAAACUGGAAAAUAUGGAACAUCCCUUCAAUUUGUUAAUUUGGUCAUCAAUUCUGGGCAAGGGAAAUCGAUCUUUUAUAGUUUUGAGAUUAAGCUUUCGGUAGUCAGUACACAUCCGAUCCUUUCCAUCUUUCUUCUUCACCAAAAGUACUAGGGAAACGUAUGAAGAACUUGACUUGCGUAUUAUUCCAGCUCCUAGGAAUUAUCUUACUUUUUCUUUUUCUGUUUCGGCCAUUCUAUAAGGUCUGUAUGUAAAGGGUCUAUCUUCCAGAAGUUUGAUUUCCAUUUGACCUGAAGCCGCUUGACCAAGUUUUUCAGUUACAGUUCGGAGAAGGUCUCUUUAUUCCUGAAGAACGGACGCUAAUUUUUUCCUGGAAGAUGGGUCAGAAGUUCCAAUGUUUACAUCCUCCUCGUUAAUCAAUGGUAGAUUGUCCAGAUCCACACGAAAAACUUGUUCAGACGAAUUACUACUGUCUAGUUCACAAGCAAUAGCUCUUAAGAGUGGAUAUUUAUCACUCAAUCUGAGAUCUCUUCCAGACAAAUUGAUUAUUGGGAUAACGCGGCUGUUUCUUUUUCGGAUAAAUGGAUAAGUAUUCUAGGGAUUGCAUAUUCCUCUCCUGGUUUACAUCUGAAACUGCCUUCAAUGUAUAAAUCCCUUUGAAACGGCGUUUUACUAGUGACAGUCAGAUUCCCAACAUGGUUAGAAGGAAUUAAAGUUGAUUCUGGUAGCCAUGGCGCUAUUUUAUUGGGAGUCUUAAUUGUUGAGACUCGGUGAAUUUCAAACUAUUACUGUCCUUCAGUAUCAUUAAUCCAGGCUGUUCGGUAGAUGAUUGAACUUCUUGGAGACAGUCUGGAAUGAUUAAAGAUACUCUUGAAAAUCGUUUUUGCCUCCUAUCUUUUUCCACGUCCACGCAAAAUUGGUCACUUUGGCUGCACUGGAUUGUGUGAUACUGGAUUGUGUAAUAUCGCAUGUCUUCAGGUAACCCAAUAAUGCUUCAUGGCUUCAUGAGCCUGAUAAUCUUUAGCUCUAGCAGCUGCUUGCACCAUUUGAUCUGAAAUUCCUCCAAUUAUACAGGACACUGCAUCGGAUUCGUAGAUUUUGCGUUUAUUCAGCAGAGCAACUUUUUCGUAAUAAUAGACCUAAUAAGAUUCAUCGCUCCUUUUCUUACGCUGCAUGAUCUCACUAAGAUUCUGGUGAUAGUUAGAGAGUAAGUUAAACCUGGAUAUUACAUGUUUCUUCUAACUUCGACGACUAGCUAGUGUGUGUUCCAACAUCAGAGUAAAAGUGUAACAAUAGUUCUGAGACACACAAACCCAAAUUGUGUUAAUCAAGCCGCAUGCGAGGACCCCAAGCGCAAGCACAACUUGAAGAACGGCGCCAAUUCCUUACAACAAUCAUACAUAAGGCCAUAACAUUACCUUCAGUAAUAAGGGAAGAUCCCCCUACAACAAUUGUAGGCAGGUUGCAUAAUUCAACCAAAUCAACAACAUAAAAUGUGCACAAUAUCAAAUCAAUACUACAUCAUUACAGUACAACUCUAUUAUCUCAAUUUAUCUUCAAUAUCCCAAACGUCUAGUCACAGGGACACAGAGAACCUUUCAGCACACUUUCUCGACAAACUCUGUUCCCCUGUCUUUUUUGCCAGGUCAGGUAGGUACCUUUCUUUCCCUCCAUUUUAUAAUAGGAAAGUUCAAGUAUCAUACAGAGUGUCUCCCUUUCUUAUUAUGCAUUGGGUGAAAUAAAUAUUCAUGAAAUUAGGCACAACAAAGUAUAAUAAUAUAUUGAAUAAUUACAAGCUAAUUGGAUUUUAUUUUACACGUAGGUACUUCAACGCCACUUCAAUCGUGUUUCUGUUCAGGCCUUUCUUCUUAUUGGCUCAUUUUUCUUUUUCUUCAACUUUGGUUCUCCCUUGACUGUAUUGGAUUCCACUUUUAGGACCUAUGUGAAUGAUAUACCAGCUAUUAACUCCAUCCUUCUGUAAUUGAAGACCCAAGUACUUUUCGCAAAGGUUCCGGCAUUUAUUUCAAAACUGGUUGUCGCCUGAAUUUAAGUCAGGCCACCGGGUUGUAUGCCACUGGCACCUGAUUCUCGAAACAAGGAGCAGCGUUCUCAUGAGAACAAAUUUUCUGUCUUUGCCACUCAUAUGAGAUUUUGCAUGGAACUGACGAUAGGGCACUUGUUCUCAUCAUAGGAAUCCUGUUCCCCGUUUCAAGAAUCAGGUGCCUGGAGCUUCGUGGAAAUUCUAUGAGAAUUAAAAUGAUAAUAAGCUGGACAUUCUUCAACGAAUGCACAUUUUAUAAUAUUCCGACAUUGUUAUAUCAUUCCUAUUCUUGUUGUCGCUUUUGUGAAAUCAAUUUCUGGAAACCCUUCACAUUGUUCUGUAGACAAAGUCAGUAUACAACUUCGCACCAUUUAUUAUUUAUGUGAUCCUGUAUAGUUUUUUACCUAAUAUUUAAUAUUAAGUUUCUUUAUCUAGUAUAUUAAAAAUAAUCUUCUAGUUUAGUUGAAAUCUUAGACCUGGUCGUUCAGAUAGAAAAUGAUUUAUCUUCUGUCUGAUAUACUAGAGUCUUAUUAUCGUCUUCAUAGACGCUAAACUAAACUGAAAAAGCGAAGCACUGUCAAAAUAUUUGUCACUUAUUUGUUAAUAUUUUGAAAAGAAAAGUUUAUUUGUUUGUUAAAAUAUAUUUUCGUAGUUUAUAGAGACGAUAACUAAAAAAAAAAUGAUUUAGCGAAUAUAGACUUAACAUUAUUCAAAAAAACAUUUUUGGUAUAAAGGGUACCGUCAUCUACCCCUUGUACCAUUAAUAACUUAACAAUUGCCCAUGUAAAUAUGACGUUCCUGUUUUUAUACCUAACUAAAGCGCACCUACUCAUUGAAAAAAAAAUGCAAUUAUUUUUUAGAUUAGAAAUUAUAGCACUUAAACACAAAAAGUCUUCUUGGGAGGGGGCGCAAAAAACCAAUACCCGAGAAGCCUCCGACUCGUUUACAGGGUGUUCGAAGAAGAAAUACCCGCAAACGCAUUUUAUAAAACAAAGCGUAAGAGCGCGACGACUAUAAUAGUCGCGUAGAAACGAAAUUCUAAAAUAUGUAAAAAUAAUAUAAUGUAAUUAAAAUAUAUAUAUUAUACACAAAAAUGAAAUGAAAAUAUAUGCUUUCAGUAAAAUCUCUUCAAAAUUGAAAAAUGGUUUUAAUACACUAUCGAUAACACGAGAUUAUGCUGGAAGUAUUCUAGAUAGGUAAACGCGCGCUCGUAGCCCAAAAAACUCAGUUAAAAAUAUACCUAGUGAAACAAUUAAAGAAGUUGUAUAUAAUUUUAGAUCUGCAGGUGAAAUUUCAACGUAUUAAGAAAGAUCUACUACUACUACUACAUAAUAUUUCGCCAAUGAACGCCACUCUUUGAUCAAUAACUUUUUUUUUUCAAAACGUUUUUAAUAUGUUUCCAAAAGAGUGCGUUCAUGACUUUGUUUAUAUUAAAAAAAUAUUUACACGAAAACACAGAUACACAGUGUUUAAAUAAAAAUCUAUAAGGUAUUAAAAAAUUUGUAGCACAUGCACAGAGCAAAGAGUCUGACUAUACGGAGCAAUACUUAUUAUAGUACCGAAAAAAAAAACAGCUUUCUUUCUUUAAUUUACACAAAAGAGAAUCUAAUGAGAUUUGCAAGGAUUUAACAACUAAUGGCUAAAUUUUAAGAAGGUAGGUACAAAUAAAAACAAAGAUUUAUCUGAAAAAAAUGAAAGCGACAGCUUAAGAACAAAGACAACAAGCAAAUACGAAGAAAUGUAGGAGAAGGCCUCGCUUCCAAGUCACACAAAAAACAAUCUAUGACUAUGCAUUCUAUCAAUGAAAGCAGUGAACCUGUAUGUUAUAGGAAUUGAAGUCAGUCCAGUUGAUCAUAUUUCUGGGAAGAAAGAUAAGAUACUCCAGACUCCCCAAGUCACCUUGUCUCUCAUAUCAGACCCUCAAAUUAAUAUUUGGUGAAUCUCCUCUGCACUUUUCCAGCCUGGACGCAUCAUAGCAGGCAUAAUAGGGAAGCUCAGCUUAAGCUAACUUUGGUGUAUCUACAAACAAACCCGCCUUGAAAAGGCUUCAAGAAUGUGUUGUCCACAUGCUGUGGAAAGGAGAAGGUACUUUGCAAAAUGGUGUCAAGGGUUAACAACCUAUGGAGCACAUUCUCCAUCAUGUGAAUGUUGUCUGGGGGAUCCCGACCAUUAUAAAAAUGCACGUGUAUUCUUUUACUUGGAUUGAUACUUGAGAGUUUGUUUAGCACCAGGAAAUUACUCGCUAUGUUGGGAACAUCCGGGCAAUUAUUAUCUCUUUGGAAGUCCAGCCAGUGGCGUGGAUUUACUCUUAGGUAUCUUUCCUACGAAUACAAUUUUAUUUAGUUAUUUAUAAUGAAGGUAAUACGGGCAGAGGUAAAAUCUAUAAGCCCAUUUUUGCACAGUUGAAAUUAAGUCCGUCUAUCAAGAUUAUGUUUUCGAACACUGACACUGAAGAGGCAUUGACAUUAGUGAAUGGUAGUUGGUUCCAGUGAGUAAACACUCGGUUUUGCAAAAAUUUCCCUCGACACACAACGCUAUAGUUUUCCUUUUUAAGUUUUAGGUUGUGGCCUCUCAAACGUUUGUCGGUAUUGAGAGUGUAAAUAUGCUCUAUAGAGGAUAUUUGGCCGUGAACAGCUUGAUAGGUAAUAAUGAGAUCUUCUCUGGUUCUUCUAUCGGAAACACAAAUCAGUCCUUGAUAGGAUGGUCUUCUCCUGCCAAGUUGCAACCGCAUGGUUUUUCUCUGCACAGUUUCCAGGUUGUUCUUAUCUCUUAUCAGAUCAGGGUACCACACCUAACCUGCAUAUUCAAGUAUUAUUGGUCUGCAGUAGAAAAUAAACAGUUUGUAAAUUCUUUUUGGAGUAUGUUGAGGAAUACCUUUUUUAACAGAAAUGAUUGCUGUUUGCUCUAGGUACUGCAAAUGUCGGUGAUAUGGGGAGACCAGGAAAGAUCACUACAUACCAGAAUGCCGAGAUUGUUACACUGGACAAUACAAUGCCAUUGAUGGAGUAUAAUCUGUUCGUGGGUUGUUCUUUCCAAGGUGCAAUAGCUGCCAGUCCUCACUCCCAUAAAUCAGGUUAAGGUCUUCUUGGAGAUCGGCUGCAUCAGAGGCAGGAAUGUAGAUCUUUAUGUCAUCAGCAUAACUUGCGCACGAGAAUUUUAUAAGGUCCAGUCAGUUGAUCCAGUGUGUACAGUGUGUCCCAUUUUGGUUGUCCAUAAGGGAUAACUCACCUAUGAGAGAACCGAACCGAGAUACAAGGGGUGUCCCAAAAUGCAACUUUUUCAAAAACACCUUAGUUCUUUUCACGUGGCUCCGGUUUAACUAACCGGAUUACAAAACGGUUAGAGAAAUGACAUACCGUUUUCUAACCCUGUUACAAAGUGACGUGAUGGAUACCUACCACUUGAAUUUAAGCGGUAUGUUGCGGUUUGUUAAACCGGAGCCACGUGAAAAGGGUUCUCGUAUCUGGAAAACCAAAAGAGCGAUGACAAUUCUGUUGGCGCCAUCUUCCGUUUGACAAAAAAUUAGCCAACGUUGUCGGAAACCGCAUCCUUCUAACUGUAAUAGCAACCGAGUUAUCCCUUAUGGACAACCAAAAUGGGACACACUGUACAACACAAAGAGCAGUGGGUGUAGCUCAGAGUCAGCAACUCUGACUUGGAGCUGUUUGUCUGAGACAUAAUCGCUGAUCCAGUCCAGCAAGUUGCCCCUCAUCCCUAAAUGCUCCAAUUUCAUUACGAGUCUCCGUGCAGGCACCCUGCCGAACGCUUUGGCAAAAUCAAGAUAGAUGACAUCUAGGUACUAGCGUUUUUCGGUCUAGAAGCUUACCCAAGUCAUUGAGACAUGUAGUUGUAUCUACUGCGUUUUAGAAUGAAGCCAUGUUGGUGAACGGGAAUUAAAUGUUCUGCAGCUGCAAAGUCUCUGACAUGAUCUACUAUUACUCUCCAUCAUUUUGCCUAUAAUGGAUAAGAGACUGAUGGGCCAUCUGCUAAUCAGUUGGAAGUCUCGUUUGCUAGAAAGACAUGCUCAUUAUUUGUGCUAGGGGGCGCAGAAGGCUUUCUGCACAUUUUUUGAGCAUCACAGUGGACAUAACAUCAAGUCCAGGAGAGCUAGUGGUUUUCAAAGGAAAUUUGAGGUACUUGAUAAUCAUUCAUUUCCAUUUCCUGGAGUUUCUUCAACAGUUAAGAAUGGCAUACACACUGUCAAAUGCUCAAGACAUUUUCAGGAGCCUCAUAAGGAUGAGAAAAAUUAUCUACGAUUAUACAAAUGAUGAUAUACGAAAAAACAAACACAUCAAAUAGUAACUGGAGCAAUUAUCUGAUACUAAAAUAAGAAAUUUCCAACUUGACCGGGCAAACUUCUAGAGUUAACGAAACGCUUCCUGGAGAAUCAAGACAAUUAAUAUUUCGUCUGGAACAUUACUAUAUAGAACAAGACUGACUAUACCUGCAUCCAUAAGUGAGGAAUAGGCUCGAGGAAUGUUGAAGUUUUGACCCUUAUUUCCAAGAUUUGGGAGAAGUCUUGCGAUGUCGCAGCAAAAGGUCUACACCUAAGUUGCCUCUCUUCCAUCUACAAAAGAUCAGAGAAAGUAUACUGACAAAAAGUGAAUGGUAUUUUCAUUGAUAACAAUGCACAAUUGCUGAACUCCAACUUGUCAGAGUAUUCGUACAGUUAACUCAAGCCUUGUAAAGAAAAGCUGCUACAUGAGGCAUUAUAUUUCUUGGUGUCCACGAGACCUAAAAUAUAAGUAAUUUGUAUGGAAUUUAAAAUAUGAAAGUUCUCAUAAUUCGAACGCAGAUUACAAUCUAGUUGUUGAAAAAUUCAUUAGAAAGAAGCAUCAGAGAUUACCUACCUAAAACAAAAACACUUCCCAGAAUUAUUAGAUAAUAGAAAAAUCAGUAGUAUGCAUAUUUAUACAGUCACGGAAUCAGUUAGUUGGGAGUUGGGAUGAAAAUGAAAAACCUGGAUAAUAGAACAUGUUCAGGAAUAGACGAAGUUGAAGAAUUUCAUGCUGAACUUGAUGCUAUCUUUAGAAGCAUAAAGAGUAAUAUCACAGUAGUUAUGGGAGAUUUCAACGCCAAAGUGGGCAAAGACAAGGUCGAAGCACACACAGGGAGUUUUGGCCUGACAGAAAGGAAUAUUAGGGGGGAUCGACUGGUAGAGUUCUGUCAAAUUAGAGAUCUUAUGAUAAAAACCUUCUUCAAACUACAAUAUCGUAGAUUAUACCUACACCUGGAAAUCCCAUGCGGAUAACCCAGGAAAUACAGUUAGAAACCAAAUAGACUAUAUCCUCAUUACCAACCGGUAUAAGAACUCAGUCAAAGCUGAAAAAACAUAACCAGGGGCUGACAUUAAUUCCGACCACAACCCACAACAGCUAAACUUGAUAUAAAGUUGGAAGUUGGAAAAGAUAACAAAACGUCUCAUCAACUAUAUAGACCCAAAACUCCUUAAGAAUUCUCAGUCAUGAAUUCAGUUGAGAAGGAUGCCAUCGAAUGUAUGGGAAACAUUAAUAAAGUGUGGAUGAAAAGUGAAAUAGAUACAAUCAGGACCAAAAAAAUCUAACAAGAAAAAGAACCAAGAAAAAGUCCUGGAUAACAUCAGAAAUUCUAGAUCUUAUGGAAGAAAGGCGAAAGAGCAAAGGCAAUAAAGAUGAGUACAGGACACUACAUAAAGUAGUACAGAGAACUGUAUAUUUUCUGUUUAUAUUUAUGAUUCCGCAUACCUACUGGCCAGAAUAGGGCUUCACGUCCCAGCAAGGGACACCCGCUCUGCCAUAACCUUCUCAGAAAGAAAUCACCGUACAAACUAUGGUUUCAAUACAUUCAUCUCCAGAACUUCUCGAUUAUGUAACACCCAUGGUAGCCUGGAUUUUUUUGGACCCAUAAAUAGCUUUAAAAGAGAGCUUAACUCUCUAAUGUAAUUCUCCUCGUUUGUUUGUGAUGCCAAGUUCGAUAGCUAAGAAUUUCUAGUCAUCUUGAUCAGUCAUUAUUUAUGUUUGUCCUCUAUUUUCUUAUACCUAUAACUGAUUUAAUGUUUUACUGUUAAUAAUUUAUAUGUAUUUUUAUCCUGUUACUACGCCAAGUAUUACUGGCCUAUGUUUAUUUAGUUGUAAGGUACUUAAUGUUUCUUGUUGUUUUUUUUUUUCUUUUGAAACUUUUAAUGGGUCUUGCCCGUAAAUAAAUAAAUAAAUAAAUAAAUAAAUAAAUAAAUAAAUAAAUAUUUAGGUAUAUCAUGUCAAGAUUAUUCUGGUUUGUUUAAUUCAUAAUCCAUUAGUGAAAAGUAUCGUCGAUAUCACAUCUCCACUUCUGAUUGGAAUGAGAUUGUGUGGUAGUUCUGUAGAUGUUAUGAAUAUAAGCUGUCUGUAUCUUGAGACAAUGUCGAUUGCUUUCUCACACACAGCUAGAUGGUGAAGUUUGUGUCCGUUGGUUUUUCUUCUGAGAAUUUUUAUGAUAAGGUCCAGAAGUAGGUACUUGUUACCACCGCCACCUAGUAAGGGAGAAUUUGUUUUAGCACUGGUAAAGGCCUUUUUGUAUAUACUGCGAUAGCGUGCCACCAAGGACUUUGUUUAAAGUCUCACUGAAAAUCUAGGUAACUUUGAUUGGAUACUUUUUAGUAAUCUGAUUAGAUUGCCUUUUCCAGUGCGGGUUCUUGCUACCUGAGCUGUACGCAAUUAGUUGGAAUGCUAGCUUGGGGUUUUCCAAAGGAAAUAAAAGAAUCAGUUUUUCUUACUAAACUCUAACAAUGGUUCAUUGAACAAAUGGUAAAUCUUGGUAAGUAAAUGAAAGAAAAGCGAAGAAUUUACAGUAGGUUAUUAACAAUGUUUUCUGAAAUGGAUGAAAGAAAAUACAUACGGAGAUUUGGAAUGAUAGAGAGUGAAAUUAUUGAGCGUCCUGUAUAAAGCGUUCCUUGAUGGUACAAGUUACAUGAGAAAUUAAAGAUUAAAAAAUACAGAAAAUAAAGAUUAGGUUAUAAUUCUUAGUGGGUGAAAGUCACGGGCGUCCUCGACAAGGGAAUGACAAAACGGCCUUGUUAUUCAGGGUAAGAUACAUGUUGGAAAAGAGAUUUGAAUUGUGAAGCUAACCCAAUGGUUUUGUUUUUUACACAGGGGAGAAAAUAAAUAAUGGAUAGAAAACAACAAUCAUGAUGAAUAAAUUAAAAUACUUGAAAUUGAAACAUUACCUGAGGUCUCGGAAAAAGAGUCAGCAGAAAGACGUCAACACUAAACACCAGAACUUCGUUACAGAACUGAAUCAAUCUAGGAGACUCACAGGCUUAUUUAUAUCGGCAGCUUGAUGACGCUUUUGGGAUUCUUAUCGGUCGCAAAACAUGCAGUUUGUUUAUGGAACCAGGAGUCGAGAGUCGUAUUCUAAGACACAAUCAGGGCACUGUUUCGGGAUCCGACUGAUAACCCUUGGCUCUUGACACGGUUUCGUCAGAAAUUUAGCGACCUAAUCUCGCUGGGAAAAAACCAAUCAAUUGUAUUACGAAGCGAAAAAAAAAGGAUUUGUAGGCCGUUUUUUUACAUAUAUUAUUUACUAAGUCAAUGGGGGGACCCUUUCUGAUAUCAGUCCUAUCACAUUUCUUGAAGAACAUGGCUAGUAUUCCAUUUAGCUGGUACUUCCAACUAUCACACAUUCACCAAGGUAUCUAGACACAAAUAAGGACAUAUACAUGCAAGUUGUGUGCAAGGUGAUAAGAUGAUGUGAAGCGGAUAGGUGGACUAAACUGGGAACAAACAGUACAGAGAUCGCUGGCAUAAGUUAUUAACGAUCUACUAUUCAAAGCUGAAGGCGUGUCACUGGAAGACACGAAUUAUAGAGAAAGUAAAAAGAACUGAGUUGAUUUUGCGUUUAAAUUGAUAUUCCUGGAAAAUUUAGUGAUGAUGAGCAGCAGAAAGCUAAAAGUUGGUAAAUCCUUGCAAAAAAAAAGAGGUUAAUAGAAGAAUUUGCGCACUUAGCACACAAGAUCAGCGAGUAUAAAAUAUGCCGAGAUCCAACACUGACGAUAAUGUACAAAGACCCAAAAUUUUAUGUUUAAGAUUAGGUUUUUUUUUUGUCGAACGCACAAAUCGUUAGAGGGAAGGCGGGGGAAAUUACUUAAAAGGAAUAUUAUUAUUAAUUCUCAAAUUGAGAAUCUGACAGGAGCGACUUUCCAGUGCCUAACCAUUAUAAAAUGUACUCCAAAAAUUUCCAGUUUAAUGAAAUAAUAGAACGCAUUUGGAAAGUAUAAAAUCACUAUAAUAAUAAUAAUACAAAAGUCCAAUAAUAAUUGAUCAUUUAUUUCUAGGUUUGUCAAAAAUGGCUGUGCACACACUAUUUUUAUAGAUUUUAGAAUACUUAACUAUUAGAUGUAAUAAUUAUUGUUACCUAUUAUAAAAACAUUAAUUCAUUCUUUGUAAUUUUUAUGGGUCUUGGUACAUCGCCAUUUUUAACAUAUUACUGUCGGUUGGGGACACAAACUUUUUUUUUGUAUUUCGAAAAUUUGGCACCUAACAAACCUCUAUAAUAUUUAGUGGGCACCAAACAAUAUAAAAACAUGAUUAUUUUCUUGAAUUUAACACAUUAUUAUAUCACACAAUUAAAAAUUUGGGCUCGAUUCUUAACUUAAUUUUAAGCAGUAAAAGAAAUAUAGAAUUAUAAUAAUUAUUAUUAUUAUUAAAAGGGUAGACCAUUAGAUGAAGAAAAAAAAACGGAUGCAAGUGAAACUGUGGCUUGCUUAAUUAUGUCAGUGAAGGCCGGCUCGUUGUGUGAGGACAAAAAAUAUACAUAUAUACUUUUUUUUCCUCAAUUAAUUUUCAUGAUACGCCACUCUGUCUUUCACAUAUGGUACCUACAUUAUAUUCUUUUGUGAUGAAAACUUUUUAUGUUACUCAUUUCGGUUAAUUAGUUGGCUCAUGAGUUGGUAAUAAAUUUAUCACACUAGUACGGUAACGAUUAGUAUACAACUCAAGUUAACCGAAAUAGAGGCAAUAACUCAAUGGGUUCUUAUCCUAUUCUAGAAAAAAUACCUAAUGCAAAAUCCAAUGAACAAAAUAAAAUCUCGUGUGCGUAUAAUUCUUUCCAAUCAAAAUAAUAAAAUAACGUACGGGCCUUGUAGUGGCGUUUCAUGCCAAAAAAGAAGAAUAAUUUUUUGGGCGUUCAAGUCCAAAAAUCGCGUAAUAGAAAAUUUAAAUAAAAAAAAAGGGCCACACCCCCCUUUACACCGCAUUGCGGGUGACUUAUUGCUCACUUACAAAAUAUUCUAAAUAAUAAGAGAAAGUUGUAUUGUAUUAUACUUACUGGGGUUUUCUUCCAGCAAUUUGAAAGGAACGUUUUAAGCAAAAUGUUACUAUAUUUUUGCGUAAGGCCCUUCUGGUUGCUGGGCGAACAUUCGAAUCAUUCCAAUUAUUUAAUUACUUAUAUUAUAAUUAUUAAAGAUGAAAUAAGGACUACGUAUUGCGUAGAUAUAUACUGUUUGGCGUUUUUAUUUG